AUGUAUACUUUAUUCAGAGUGACUGAGGAAGUUGUGAAUGAAGGUGAAAAAAGUGUGGCUUCUGAGAAGCUGGCUGGAGAGGAAGAAGCAACAGAUGUUAACAAGGAGAAUCCUGCAAAUGAGGCUGCUGAAGAAAAAGAACCCGAGGAGAAGGAGAUGACACUUGAAGCGUAUGAGAAGGUGCUGGAAGAGAAGAGGAAGGCACUGCUGGCCCUUAAAACUGAGGAAAGGAAGGUGGCUGUUGACAAAGAACUAGCAUCCAUGCAACAACUCUCAAGCAAGAAGGACAAUAACGACAUCUUUGUUAAAUUGGGUUCUGACAAGGAUAAGCGAAAAGAAUUGGCUGAAAAUGAAGAGAAAUCCAAAAAGUCUAUCAGCAUUAACGAAUUCUUAAAGCCCGCUGGAGAUAGGUACUACAGUCCCGGCACCCGUGGUAGGGGUGGGUGUUGACGUGAAUCGAGAGGAGGUUAUGGUGGAUGAGGUGAUUCGAGAGGAGGUUAUGGUGGAGGAGGUGAUUCGAGAGGAGGUUAUGGUGUAGUAGGUGCCGAGUGAGAUUAUUACGUCAUGCCCUCUUCCAUCAAUCUCUACUGUCCUUGUUUGACUAGAAGAAUAAUGGAGUUCUCUGUAUCAAAAAACCAAAAAAAGUUUUUAAUGCCUUAAAUGUAAAUUUCAGGUGUUUCUUCGUGUGUUGUUCCCAUGUAACUUCCUCCCCCCAUACUACUA